AUGCUGAGAUCCUUCACCUAUGCUUUGGUUACAUCAGCAUCGUUGCUUCAGAUUGCGUUUUCUUAUCCAUUUAGCGAGGAAAUCUCAUGGCAUAAUGUUCAAUUGGACCUCCUGAAUAUUGACGUCGUUAUCGAUACUGCUGAUCAGCAAGAUGUUCCUUACUAUGAAAUUACCAAUUCGGAGAAGGAUGUGGAAAUAAAAGCUAUGACGAUCUCGUUUAUGAAUGGAACUGUAAUUAAACAUUCAAAUUUCACUUCUAAAGUAGAUGACCAACACAGUAUGAUUUACGAUCUCGUACUUGAAGCAGGUGGAUUUACCGAGGAGUUUAUACUCGAGAUAGUGAGAGAGAGUCAAAUAAUUUACGACCACUACAACCGGGACCCAGAAACUGAUCUGAAUGGCAUCGACUCUUCUGAUGAGGACGGUGAAAAUUAUUCGCUGGAUGAAAGCCUUUUGCGGAAACUUCCCCCAGGGUGGUACCAGGUACCAUAUGAAGAUGACUGA